AUGAAUCUCCCACCGAAGAAGUCGCAGCAGCGUCCACCCAACUGCAGGUCAUCGCCGAUAAUCCUCCCCGAUGAACUUAUCACAGAAGUGCUUUCUUAUCUUCCUGUGAAAUCUCUUAUGCAACUAAAGUGCUGUUGUAAAUCAUGGAACACCCUCGUGUCCAAACCUUUCUUCAUCAGGUUGCACCUUCAACGUUCUUCAAAAAACCCUCACUUCACUCUUUUCAACAUACCAGAUAUGAAUAAAGAUGACACCGAUGCCGUACUGAUUUCCUUUACUCGUUUGAUAGAGAGUUCUUUGUGUUUGUCGAAGUCCAUCACACUUACCAACGAUCCUUACUAUCGUUUAGAGAAUAAGAGUUGUUGUUGGAUUGUUGGUUCUUGCAAUGGAUUGCUAUGCUUGCUAGGUUAUUCUUUAAAUAGAGAUAUGUGGCUCCAUUUUUGGAACCCUGCGACUAGGAAAAUAUCUUAUAAAUUAGGGCGUUUUGGUGGCAUACCUUCCCUUCUUGAUUUGACAUUUGGUUAUGAUAAUUCAAAAGACACUUAUAAGGUAGUGAACUUAUUACAUGGAGGGGCGAGAGUUUUUAGUCUGGACGAUAAGGUUUGGAGAAAUAUUAAAAGUUUUCCAAUGGGGUUUUAUCAUCGUUAUAUAAGUACUGGUUUGCAUUUGAGUGGUAUUGUUUAUUACUUGGUAAUUCAAAACUACUCCUCUUCUUUUUAUGAUUGCAAGAAUAUUAUUGUUGAGCAAUUUGCGAUUAUUUCACUUGAUUUGGGCACGGAGACAUGCAAAGAUUUGCUUCCGCCUCGAGGUUUUGCAGAAGUACCACAUGUUAAGCCAUCUCUAUGUGAGUUGCUGGAUUGCCUUUGUUUUUCUCAUGUUGUCAAGAAAGCUCAUUUAGUUAUAUGGCAAAUGACACAUUACGGAGUUGAAGAGUCUUGGAGUCAAUUACUUAAGAUAAAUCUUCAAAUUAUGACACAUUAUGGAGUUGAACAUUAUGGCUUGGAGAAAUAUUUUGAUUCUCAAUGGUUGCCAUUGCACCUUUCUAGAAAUUAUGAUUCAUUGGUAUUGAUAAACAAUCUUGAUGACCUACCAGUUGUCUAUAAUUUGAGAGAUGAUAGUGUAGAGAGAAUUAGAAUUAUCAAUGGUAAACGUUGCUGGCGCUAUAACAAGAAUUAUUAUGCUGAAAGCUUGGUUCUGUGUCGAUGA